AUGAUCGCUUUCAUGCCCCUUCUGAGCUUCUUCGUGGCUCUGGUCUCGGCCCUCCCAGCUGCCCCGGCGGCUACCCCCAACGCCACUUGUGCCAAGGGAGCUCACAUCAUUGUGGCUCGCGGUAGUCUUGAGCCUCAGGGCCCCGGUGCCAUGGGUGCCCUCGCUGAGGAAAUCCUGAAGCUUGUUCCUGGUUCUGAUAUGGAAGCUCUCGUGUACCCUGCCCUCUACUAUGAGUAUCUCGAGUCCCAGCCUACGGGCGUUCGUGUCAUGACUUCAGUUGUCCGCAACUACGUCAAGAACUGCCCCGACACCCAGCUUAUCCUCAUGGGUUACUCUCAGGGUGCGCACGUUAUUGCCGACUCCAUCUGCGGUGCGAGCUCAACUGGAUUCCCGGCCACUCUACCCCAGCCUGCAUACAUCACUUACAAUAUCGCCUCUGUCAUCCUCAUGGGUGACCCCAGUCUCACUGAAGGCCAGUCCUUCCAUGUAGGAACCAGCAAGGGCAGCGGAAUAUUCCCCCGCAACCUUCCAGCUGGCUGCGACAGCAUCGCCUCCAAGGCUGUUUCCUUCUGCGAUGCCAACGACCCCUUUUGCGAAGCUGGUGGCAAGGAUCUGUCCGUCCACUUGGCCUACAUCAAGGUCUGGGGCGAGUAUGCUGUCAGCCAUGUUGUCAAGGCUGUCAAUAAGGGUCGUGAUUAG